AUGUGGGCUAUCUUCAAGCAAGAGAAGAGUGAAGCCUUUGAAAGGUUUAAGGCGUUCAAAACCUUGGUGGAGAAGGAACUUGGGAAGCAUAUCUUAACUCUAAAGACCGAUAGAGGAGGAGAGUUUACUUCCAGAGAGUUUCAAGAGUUUUGUGAAGAAAGUGGGAUCAAGAGACACCUCACGGCUCCCUACACGCCUCAACAAAACGGUGUAGUAGAGAGAAGAAAUCAAACUUUGAUGGAGAUGACAAGGAGCAUACUCAAAGCCAUGAAGGUACCUAACUACCUAUGGGGAGAAGCAGUGCGUCAUGCUACCUAUAUCAUCAACAGAGUUCACACAAAAGCUCUAGAGAAGAAGACUCCAUACGAAAGCUUGCGCGAGAAGAAACCUAACCUAGGCCACUUGAGAGUUUUUGGUUGUGUAGCUUAUGCUAAGGUGGAAGCAGGACAUCUUAAGAAGCUAGAUGACAAAUCAGAAUCACUAGUGCAUCUUGGGAUCGAGCCAGGAUCCAAGCCAUAUCGAUUGUACAAUCCAUCUACAAGAAGGAUUGUUGUGAGCCGCGAUGUUUUUUUUGACGAAAAAACAAACUGGAGCUGGAAAGAAACAGAAGAUGGACCAAGUAUGGAUCCAGGGAUGUUUCAUAUGAUAUGGAGAGGCAUAGUAGACACUGGAGAAGGCCCUGUGAUUGUCAACAAUCAACCUCAUGAGUAUACACAAGAAGAGAACGAAGCAGAGAAUCAUGGUGGUGAUGAUCAUAAGAGAUGA